UGUCUGCAAGUGCUUCCAGGCUGCGGGGGCAGAGAACACACAGUAGGCUACCGUAGGGUCCGACCGGAAGAGGGUGUCAUUUAGCGCAAAGAAACUUGUUUUAGUUGCGAUAUAGCCACAAAGAUAAGACUGCUAACGAUAGCUUGUUAGAGGAGGCGUUUUUUUGUGUGAGUGUUUCAACUCGGUGGGGAUGGUACUUGCACGAUCAGGCUUUCAGGAUCUCAAGCAUCUUUCUGAGAGGAUUACCAAACAUGAAAGCCAGCGGACGACGCGGUGAAAGUGGGCAAACAGCUACCCACUCACAGCGCAUUCACACAUAACAGUAAACUGAGGAGAGAAGAAGUAACAUGGAGCAGAUCACAGACUAUCUCUCCAGGUAUAAAAACUACAACUUUGCUGUUGGUUAUACAACUCCAGAACACAUCGAUUCACUCCAGAGCUUUGAAAUUCGAGAUAGUGACGUACUCCUCGUCACUUAUCCAAAGUCAGGUACUAUAUGGACUCAACAGAUCAUCAUCUCCAUCUAUGAGUUAGACGGGGGUCUGUAUGAAUAUGCAAACAACUUGGAGCAUAUGCCGUGGCUGGAGUACAGGGAAGGUCGAGGAGAUUACACCGCACGACCCUCUCCACGGCUCUUCACCUCUCAUCUCACCCCGGCUCUCAUGCCUCCGGGACUAAAGGACAAGAAGGCAAAGAUUAUCUACGUGAUGCGGAAUCCAAAGGACAACAUUGUCUCCUAUUACCACUUCAGUAGAAACUGUGGUGACCUGGAGACUCCCAAGAGCUUCGAGGACUUCUUUGAGCAGUAUCUGACAGGCAAUGUUGGAGCAUCAUCCUGGUUUGACCACAUCAGGGAGUGGCAUUCAAAGAGAGACCAGUACAACAUCCUCUUCCUCACCUAUGAGGACAUGAUUUUAGACCUGAAGGCGGCAGUAACUAAGAUCUGCAAUUUCUUGGGGAAAAACCUGAGUGAAGCAGCCAUUGAGCAAGUUGUGGAAAAAGCUACAUUUAAGAACAUGAAGAAAGAUUCCAAAGCCAACUACGAGUUUCUGCCACAAGAUAAGGUGAAGAAAGACUAUAUGCGCAAAGGUAAGAUCGGCGACUGGAAGAACACCUUUUCUGCCGCUCAGAGUCAAAGAGUGGAUCAACUCCUGCAGGAGAGACUCGGUGAUAUGUCUCUGAAGUUCAUCUGGGAGUUAGCAGAGUAACCCCACCAACCUUAAGCUGUUUACAUUUAAUCCUGUAAGAUCCCUAAAAUGCAUAUACACAGUCGGUCUUGCACUUCCAACCAUCUACAGUAGCUGUAAAAGGAGAAAAAUGAACAGACAAGUACACACAG